AUGGAAUGUGUAAGACAUAGGAUUAAGAUGGAAUUAGUGUCUUGUACUCGGCGAUUUCAAAAAUUAGUAAAUAAGCCGACAAUUAAAUAUAUGACAUCGUAUAAUGAAGAUUUAUCGGCAGUUUCUAUGGCUAAUACAAUUAUAAAAUUCGAUAAGCCUAUUUAUAUUGGUUUUUCAGUAUUAGACAUUAGUAAAACUUUAAUGUAUGACUAUCACUACAAUGUCAUGAAGAAACAUUAUAAUGAAAAUAUAAGGCUUAUGUAUACUGACACAGAUUCAUUGAUAUACUAUAUUCUGACGGAUGACUUUUACGAUGACGUGAAGAACAAUCCAAACCUAUUGGAACGGAUGGAUACGGCUAAUCUACCACAGGAUCACCCAUGUUAUGUUGCGGAACGUUCUAAAGUCCCUGGAUACUUUUCUGACGAAAUAAAUGGACUUGUAAUGUCAGCUUUCUGUGCGCUCCGAGCAAAAUCAUAUGCUUAUAAAAUCGAGGGCAGAAAAUCUAUCGGGGUAAUUCCGGCCAUUAAACCGAAAGAAGAGGUAAGGGCGAAGGGUAUUAGAAAACAUGUGGUUGAUAACCAUAUGACGUUCGAAGACCAUCGCAAGUGUUUGUUUGGUGAGAUGGUUAAAGAAACAUACAAACAGUUUAACGUAUCCAUACGUUCGUUCAAUCAUAAAUUAACAACUAUUCGAUCCAACAAACUAACAUACAAUAGUUACGACGAUAAGCGGGUUAUACUCGAUGAUAAAAUAAACACAUUGACUCACGGUCACUAUAGUACAAAGGGGUCUGAAGAGGUAGAGCGAUUGGAUUUAGAGUUGAUUGCAAUGAUGGUUGAUGGUGGAUACUAAGUUUUAAAUAUACUA